AUGCUGUUUGAAACAUGCAAGAUUAGAUGUAGUCGAUCUACCAGGAAAAAAGCCAUGCUGAUGUGGAGUGAUGAUGUGUUUCAUAUGAGUGAAUAUGAUUUCGUGAAGAACAGAUUCGAAUACUUUAGCAAUAUUACUUAGGAUCACAAUAGCUCUAUAGUUUUCAAUAUUAUUUCAGUCACCUUUUUUGAAAACAGGAGUAAUGCGAGAUUUUUUCCAAACCUUAGGAUAACAUCUCUGUUCCAAAGAUAAAUUAAAUAGAAAAGUGGGAGGCUCAGCGAGCACAUGACAACAAUCUUUAAGUAAAAAAGAAUGUGAGUCGCAUAACUGACCAUUACAAGACACACCAGAGACAGUGUCACCCCUGCCAGAGGUUAUGAAAUUAGACUGAAAGAGUUUAGCGAAAGCAUUGACAAUAUCAGGUGGUGAAUUCAGAUCAACGUCAUCCAAAAACAUAUGACUAGGUACACCGGUGACACUUCUAGCUCUGUUAACAUAUGACCAGAAAUAUU